AUGGUGUCCGCCAAGUGGCACACUCCUUACGCGGAAGAUCAGCCAUAUCCACACCUCAUUCUCACCACCCAUGUCCUCGACCGCGGCUUUCAAGCGGGCUCCGUGCUCGGAGUAGCCGUUGGAAUCGUGAGAGCCUUGCGCUCCAGGACCCCCAACCUCUCGGCGGCCAGCAUUAUCACGCGCUCGACCGGAUCCGGUGCCAUCCUCGGCGCGUUGACCAUGGCCAUCGUGCUCCCGAUCCGUAUGGCCGGGAAGGAAAGAAUCGAAUGGCAGGAUCGGGCCUGGAGGCUCCUCGAGAAUAAGGGGCAGGUGGAGGUCGAUAGCUGGACUACGAUUGGGAUGGUGGCGGGGUCCGGAACGACAGCCGUGAUCACGAGGAGGAAUCCGCUGCGACUGAAAGUGUUGGACCAUCUGGUAGGGGGAGCAGCACUUGGGAAUUUGGCUGGUGUUGUCUGGUAUUUGGGAUGGAGAUAUGGCGUGAAUGGAGGACAUAGAGAUUGA